CCCACCUUAAAGCCACCUUGACCUUUAGCUCUCGGAUGCGAGGCGACAUCGUCUUUGGCUUCAUUGUCCAUCCCAGACUUGAAGCUUUGCGCCCAAUUCAUCUAUCACUUCGCAAUCUCAUGUGAAUUAAAUCCUUCUCCCUCGCGGCAUCAUGCGCCGUGUCAGUACAUUACUUGCGGCAGCGCAACUGUGCGCUGCCACCCGCCACGGCUUUAGCAUCCACCAUGAUCUGCUAGCAUUUCCACAGUUUGACGUUGUACUAUCAGAUGCAUACAUAUCUGAACCCGAGGCCAAAGCCCUGCUUGACCCAAGCUCGAGCCGCGAUGCAUCGGCGAGGGCCAGCGCAGACGACAAGGACAUACAAACAGCCACACCGACACCGAUCGCGGCGGCCCCCGGUGGCGAUCAGAAGACAGCAGAGACGUACGAAGUCAUGACCAUGCAUGACACAAGAUACCUCUGUGCUAUACCCGUCAUAAAGACACCCCCGGUCCAGAGCAAGACCGAGACGGAGCUCGCCAAGGCCGAAGAGGCGCGUGAGCUGGCAAGAGCUUCAGCACAUGGCUGGGAACUCGUCAACGCAUUGGACGGUACAUGUCUGUAUUACGUCUCCGGAUGGUGGAGUUACAGCUUCUGCUACGGCCACGAUGUCGUACAGUUCCACGCCAUGCCAUCCAAGGGGGGGAAACCACAGCGAGAUCCACACAGCCAGGAAUACGUGCUUGGAAGAGUACAAGAUCCAUCAUCCUCAUCAAGCCGCCGAGGACGGGGCGGCAACAGCGACAACAAGGACUCCAAGGCCAACACCGGUGACCCGGUACCAGCAAACAACAAUGAGGCCGCCAACAAGGCCACAACAUCGCCGCCGACUACAGAGCUACAGGUCAAGGGCGACCAGCGCUACCUCGUCCAACGCAUGGAUGACGGCACCGUAUGCGACCUGACAAACCGCCCCCGCACCAUCGAGAUACAGUACCACUGCAGCCCCGGCAGCACCCAGGACCGCAUUGGCUGGAUCAAGGAGGUCACCACGUGCUCCUAUCUCAUGCUCGUCAACACCCCGAGGCUCUGCUCCGACGUUGCCUUCCAGCCGCCCUCGCCCUCGCGCGCAAACGUCAUCAGCUGUCGCACCAUCGUCCCCGAGGCCCAGCAGGCCGACUGGCACGCCCAGAAGACCCUCGAGGCCAAGGCCGCCAUGGUCGGCCAGCAGCGCAGGGACGCACAGGCCCCCGUCGUCAUCGGCGGCGUCGUCGUCGGCGGGCGCCAGAUCCUCGGCAACGGCGAGGACGGCAAGGCGGCCCCGCAGCUGAAGGCCCCCAAGAGCUUCGCAAAGCAGGAGCCAAUUGUGGAGAUUAUCGCCCUGGGCAACACAGACGACAAUGGAAACCUCGAGGUCCUCAGCGAUGCCGAGCUCGAGAAGCUGGACAUCGACCCCAAGCUGGUCGAACAGCUUAAAAAGCAGAUCCAGGAGAUGGCCGGCGAGAACGGCUGGAAGCUAGAGAUCGUCGAAGAGCCUGGCGCCAACGCUCGCGAGAUCCGUGGGGUCAUUGAUACGGAAAGCGGCAAGGGAGACCAGGAAGGCAAAGGCGAGAGCCAAAGCGAAGGCGAGGGCAAAGGCGAGGGCAGCGAUCAUGGAGAGGAGAAAGGCAGCGAGGAGAAGUUCUUCAAGGAGGAGCUGUAGUGUAAGGGUCCGUGGACAACAUAGCAUGGGCAUGGCGUUUUUCUUUUUUACACGGCUUACAAUGAGCAGAUUUCUUCACGUGUCACGCACGUAUUCCUGCAUUACCACUUGAAGGUAUAGGAACUGAAGAGUUCCCGGGCAGCUGCUCGGUCACAUCGCAUCGCACGCUCAUGAAUUUGAUCAAAAUAAGCGCACAUCCGUACAGUACGGGCACACUAAAACAAAGAACGUUCCGAGUACCCUCCUGUCGUUGCCUGCGUAUCCUCAUAACAGAAGUAAAGCAUCCGCCAAGAUGAAAAUAGAACAGAAGAAGAUAACCUAGUGAGCUGGUGUUUUUGUCUGCAGGAGGGAAUUGAUAAUGCAAAACCACGUAGAACACAAGCAGUAACCCUGGGUUCUAUCUAUCCUGUUGAGUAUUAUGGAUGGCCGUCACGUCAGUAGUUGUCCGAGUUAAUUAAAUGUCGACGGCGACGGCUUCCUAAAUACAUACAUAAAUCAG